AGUCGUUUGGAGCGUUUUGAAAGAUUCAUUCAAAAAGAUUCUUUCACGGAUCACUUCGCUCACAUCGCUAGCAGGAGGCGUCCAGAGCGGCUGUGUCAGUCGAAAGCGAACAUCUUCAUCAGGGAUUUUGCGUCUUUUGAGGGCUCAAAAAAGAGUUAGCGACAUUCGUCCAGUCGUUCGGAAGCAAAAUGCCUGAAUUAGUUGCGUUUUAUCGGAUCUAGAUCAGUAUUCAUGGACUGAUGCGGCCAUGGCAAGUCUCGGUGUCCGCUGUAUCGAUACACGCCUGCAACAUCUGAAGGAUAUAAAGUGAAAGAUAAAUUAUCAUUAAGUUUAUCUGAUCUCGGCAGACUCCAUCUGUGCGCAUGCGAGAUAACAGGUCUGUGCUCUGGAUAUGCUGAUGUAAACUGAUAUAGACGGAGUAUCUGUUCAAGAUAAUGCGAUUUUGUCUUUCCAUGGACAAAAUCAUCGGCAAGUCUAAAACGGGGACUAAUUUGUACCAUUUGGUUUGUAACGUGUUUUUAAACGGUACAUUUGAUGGUUAAUGAACGGAUAUCUUCACCUACAAUCAGCUGACCACCUAUGAAUUCACUGCAUUAGAAGAGAUAUCCUGGAGUUUUCCUUCAUUUGCUUGAACAAAAGCAGACUUGGACCCCAGAUAUUUAGUCUUGUGUUAAAGGAGCCUAUAAGGAUCGUGGUUAAAGAGUAGAGGCAUCUUGGAGAUGUCAGGCCGGCCUAGGACCACCUCAUUUGCGGAGAGCUGCAAGCCAGUGCCGCAGCCUUCAGCCUUUGGCAACAUGAAAGUCAGCAGAGAUAAAGAUGGUAGUAAAGUUACAACAGUGGCCGCGACCCCCGGUCAGGGACCCGACCGACCUCAAGAGGUCAGCUACACGGACACAAAGGUCAUCGGGAACGGCUCAUUUGGGGUCGUAUAUCAAGCGAAGCUGUGCGACACCGGUGAGCUGGUGGCCAUAAAGAAGGUGCUGCAGGAUAAAAGGUUUAAGAAUCGUGAGUUACAGAUCAUGAGGAAGUUGGAUCACUGUAACAUUGUCCGUCUGCGCUACUUCUUCUACUCCAGCGGAGACAAAGUGAGUGCCACUUUUCUUCCCUCGUUUUUGUUCUUUUUCUGAGCAGGAUCAUGUUCACUAUA